UGACAUUGAAUUUACGCAUUGGAGAUUGUGCUUUAGCAGAGGUGUAUGAACGAUCGAUAUGCCUAUCUAUCUUUGAACUAUGUAAUCGUACAGGCCAUACGUGUUUAUAGAUGUUUCAAUGGUUGACAGCUGUCAAUUGCACAUAGGUUGGUAGUGAGUCACGACAUUGGCAGUGGAACUAGGUGAAGACUACUCACCUCGACAGACAAACUUAAUCAAGCACUCGCUUUUUGGCCUCCAAAUAUCGUGCUGGUCCAACAUAGGUAUCGCACAUCAUCACCUACUCUUUUGUUCAAAUGUCCAGGUAUUUUUUCGAUAUAACCGGCAUGGCGUCCAGCUCCGUCAGCCAGGAGGAUUUUGACAAUGACUUCGAGCUAACAUCCAGGAGGUCUAGGAUCAGAACUGCAAGGGCACGGGUCGUUCCACCCAGGGCAGGAGACUCAUCUUCCAUAAACUUUCAAAAGGGUGCACAGAAUGUAGAAGAAUCUCAAGGUGUGUGUGACACGAGUUCAAACAGUGUGCUUCCACCUGAACAUGAGAAUCAACAGAAUAAACCAAUAAUGAGGAAACAGGACAAACGAGUGACUGGCCGUGUCUUUAGUGUCGUAUCCUGUUUGCACAGGCCAACGCACAUAAACAAGGGAAAGCAGCAACGCGAUCGACGGAAGCUUCGAGAGAAGAGACGAAGUACCGGAGUAGUACAUUUGCCAUCAACGGAGAGUACAGGAGGUAGUACAGGAGAAGAUGAAGAAGAUCUUAGUGGCACUUGUCUUGAAACUAAACACAACACACACCACAAUGAGUUCCUAGAUCAUGAACUCAUAGAAGAACGGACAGCAAAAAUGUUUACUCAAAGGCGAAAUAAAAGGCAUUACCGUACUUCCUACAGGUCAUGUAUAAAUAGGCACAGUUGCCACUCCGAUUUGGAGGCAGAUGACGAGGAAUUCGAUUCCUUGAAUCAGUCUGACAGUGUCAAUCAGUCAGAUCAUGGAAAUCACGAGCCACAAGCUUCCGUAAACACCGUCAAUCAACCAAGACUGUCUACGCCAACAGGAGAUAAUCCACACGAAUUGAUAGAACGAGCGCAAGAAGAAAAUAGAAGGUUGCUGUCUCUCCUGGAGGAUCGGGAUCACAAGAUAAUGACCCUUGAAGCUCGGCUGCUUCAACAGCAGCACGAAAUGACCAUAGAAAGGGAACGGCUUCGUGAAGAGAAUGCCGCGUUAAUCCGUGCUAUGGCAGCCCUGGCGAGUAAUUAACUCUCCUAUUCGCGAAACAGUCCGAUCUAUCAAUUCUAUAGCCGAUUCUCAAGAACUUGCGGAUCACCAAUUAAGAAAAGCUAUAUAUAUAUAUAUAUGUAUAGACACAUAUACAUAUACAUAUAUGCCGAUAGUUUGUAAGUAAUUGUGAAUUUACUUGUUAAUAAUAGCUGAGAAGAUUGCGAAGCGAUUUUAAAAAGAGAAACGAUUAUCUGUUACUGAUUUACGCUGUUAAAGAAUCAGGGUAAGUUACGCAGUAUAAACAUAAAAUCGCAGUAUCAACUAUAAUCAUUCUUGCAGCAAGCAAUAGAUCGUCGAGUACGAACAAGUAAUUAUAUUUAUCCGCUUCACUGGUAGUGCUUCAUUUACGGGAAUUUUUCUUUCGUAGCGGAAAGAGACAAGCUAUUUUGCGCGUUCGCAUAGAAUCGAUAUCUAAUCUUGAACGAUAAGUUCGAGCAAAUAUGUUUUUUCGCGAUGUAACAACCCAACGGAAUAAAAGGUGCUCCGAUUUGUUAUGUCAUUGAUUUUAAAGCAGAGAAUGUGCAAAGUAAAUAUUGGAAAUUUUAUGUCUGAAAAUACUUAAGACUCUUAGAGUAUCGUUUUUGCGUAGUAUUUAUUAUAACUUGAGUUAUACGUUGUCUGUUUUAUACUCGAAUGGAUCUAUUGGUAACGUAGUUACUCCACGUAAGACUUUUUACCUAUGAAAAAUGUUUGCUUCGUCGCGCAAUUAUAUUGGCGUAAUGGUAGUACAAGGGCGUAAUACAAACCUCUAUAAAAUUAGGCGCGAUCUGUGCAGAACGUGUAAAUAAAACAGCACAAAGCUGGCAAUUCCUUAUCGAUUACCUAUGCAUUUAAUUCGAAGAAACGAUAGGUUUUUCGCAUUUCCAGCCACCGAUAGAACGAAACAGAACGAAACAUAACGAACAGGGGUAUGAGAAAACGAAGAAGCAGCAAACAAGUUCAGUAUGACCCCUAAAAUUGCUAUUGCUAUUGCUAUUAUUAUUAGCUAUACCGUUACAAUCUAAUAUUUACAUACCUACAGCGAAACGUAACUAUAUAAUAUUUAGAAAGCAGGAGACUGAGAAUGCGAGUACAUUGUGCAUGUGAGCGAACAGAAUCGAGAGAAAGUAAUAAGAUCGAAUUUGUAUUUACACACUUGAUCGUGUGCACAAUCAUAUUUUUCUCUGUCAAGACGCCGUGCCGAAUAACAAGGAAAAAAACAACACGAAGAGAACGUGUUUACUUAUUAAGUUUAUCGUGCAUAUUUUUCAAUUUGUUUCGGUAGUCGAUUGGAAUAUUAUUUCGAUUCCUUCUUGAAAAUGCAUGUAGAGAAGAAUACUCGGUCUAAGAAGAUUAACCGAUUCCAUCGCGAGAAUUUGGAAACUUUAUUAUAUUCGAAAUUCGAUAUUUUCUGUCUAAAUAAACAUUUUCUUAAUAACUGUAUCUUUUAUAUCACAUCUGUCCAUUAUAGAUAGAAUCCUGCUGCUCUUCCAUUCUUUUGUUAUUCCAUUGUUAAUGUACUGAAAGAAUAUCUCGAUAAAGCGUGCGGUUUAUACUUUUAUUCAUAAAAUAACUAAAUUUUGAUAUGAUACAAUAGUUGUCCUCGCGUAUCCACAAUUACUUUAGGCUAUAUUUAUAUAACUGUACAUUGAAAAACAAAAAAGGUAUCCGAUCGUACGGCGAUGUUUCCGCAAAAAAAUUGUCAACUCGGUGCAGCAUCUACUAAACCAUCCCAAGAAAUGUGUGUACGCGAACCUUAACAUGUUUAUACCGAUGUAGAAGGACACGAGCAAUAAAAGGGUAAAUCGAUCUACGAUAAAUAGUAAUUGUUAAGGGCUCGGUUCUCGUGCAAAGUAGAACUGCAUAAGCAAGAGUCCAAAUUAUGAGCGGCAAGAUGGUGUUAGGAACUUGUUCGACCGCCUGACAUUAGUUACUACUAGUAGUUCUAUCUUCCAAGCUAUCUUAAUUGCGAUAGAGUGGUGUAAUGUGACAAGGCCGUCUAGCAACCUUACGACUCUCUGCUUUUACCAGUUCCAGUACAAAAUUACACCGAGCAUUAAUUUUAUCACCACACGACAACUACAGCUAUUUAUCGUAAAUCGACAUACAUUUUAUUGUCAAAGUUCUUCCACAACCUAGUAAACGUUACAUAUGUAUCGUACAUUCUCACGACGCAACAGGUACUACGGCCGUAGCUUUCUGCUUCUUUCUUUCUAUCGAAUAUAACUCUCUUUUUAUUUAUUACAUGACGUUGAUCGGUCUCUCUCUCUCUCUCUCUAUGCGAAUCCCUUCGUGAUCGCUCGUGUGUCUUUGCUCGGUGAAUAUUUACAAUAUUAUUCGCUAAUGCUUUUUACAAGUUCUACAUGAAGCCUAACGGCGCCCAACUAUUAUAGGAGAUGCGAACAGAAAUUGUUCCCUUCGAAUGUGACAUCGUUCUUCGCGAUCUACAAGAAACGGAAAAAAAGGAAAAGAAAAAGGAAAGAAUACAAGGCGACAUUUCUUUGAUAUGUACCGUUUCCUCGAGAGAAUUUGAAGGAACUUGCUCUGCCUCGUUAUGCUAUACAUACACACACACAUAUACAUAUAUAAUAUAUCGAUAUAACGUGAACAUAUAUGUAUGACGCGAACCUAUAUAUUUUACUUUUCACGCACAGCAGGUCUCUUUUUCUCUUGUCGAGCUUUUAUUGUCAACAGUUUGAGUCUCUCUAACGUAGAAAGGCAUAUCGGUUAAGCGACUUUUUUUUUUUUUUUGAACAGCUGCUCGGUUUGAUUUAACAGCGGCGAUUGUCGUGUCGUACAGUUAUUUUGUACACGUUUCGUAUAUUUUAUUUCUUUACGUUUAAUCAACGUCCUAUGUAGGCCGUUGCUCGAGGUAUUUCGACGAUUAAAGCGAACUGCGCGCACGAUUGUUUUAGUUUCCCGGUGAUUACGCCGAAUGAUCGAUAUUCACUCCGCCGAUUCUUAAGAAGGAAAUGAGGAUCGCCCGUUUUGCGAUUUCAGACAGCAGCGAUUAGAAGUUAAGAUAUACACGCGUCUCUAACGACGCGUGCCACGCGAGGAAAUACGCUUUUCCUUUCUCAUAAUACUUUUACCGCUAACACAGACCAAGUUCUUAGUCGAGAAAUUUCACUUCGUGUGGCACAAUUCGCCUGGGACUGCACGCACAUCGAUAUCAAACAAUCUUCGAAUACAACGAUCCUGUCCGAUUAAAAUGAAAUACGAUUGCUUGAACCGUCGUGCUUCACCGCCAACAACAUCCGUUUAAUCCAUUUUUAACUUCUGUCGUUAUUUAGAUUAGCGAUUCGUUUGGAAACGUUCGUGUCGCGCAACAAGUAAUUCGACGAAUCUUGACGAAAGAGCAAAACGGAGGAAUUUUCGAGCGAUGCAUAUUAUUUGAAUUCGAUGUUUGUUCAGCGAGCAGAACGGUCUAAAGUAUCUUCGAUCCGCACGUCGUCGUGCGUUAACAUUUACUUGUUACGUACGAAAUCGAGAAAUGCUAAUAAUUUUGGUUACUACGUAAAACUUCAACCGGAAGGUUGAAACUCGUCGAAUCCGAACUAAAAAUCCGCGUGGUGGCAUGUUAAUUACGCUUUUAAAAUCGCAUGUUUGUCCCUCGAGUUGUCGACGUCGUUCUUAUAUUAUCUUAAUUAGUUGGCGGGGGAUAUUUGAACUUUCUCCCUCUCUCUCGCUCUCUCUUUCGCACCUUACAUAUCAUCAACAUCAUCAUUAUCAUAAUUAUCAUCAGUUACAUCCCAACAAACGACUAGAUCACGAUGGUUGGAUCUCAACCAGAUCCUUAAAUGCUACGGAGCUCGUGGUUAAGCUAAUUUCGGUUAACGAUAUAUUAUUUUAUCAAAUAUAAACCACUUCGCUAUCGAAUAAAGUAAUAUUACGAAUACAGAGAUACAAAUAGGCAAAAGGCAAAAACGCAAACAUAGUUAUUAUUGAUCUCAAUUGACGUACAUUCAUCCCACCUUUUUAACUGUUCGUUUACGCACGCGCGUCUGUCUCUCCAUGGCAAAGAGAUAAUUCCGCAAGAUAGCCCGGACGCAAUUGCUCGAUGCUUCUUCGAUAGAAUUGAACGCAACACACCCGAAAACAGAAGGAUCGCGGCCAAUUAAAUUAAACGAGAAAACUUCACAUUAAAAAAAAAAAAAAAAAAAAAAAAAGAAACAGAAAGAUAAAA